AUGUCCACGUUGAAUCGGCUAAAGUGCCUUGAAAAGCUUGGCGAAGGGACUUAUGGCGUGGUGUACAAAGCGAGAGAACUUGCAACCGGGCAGAUUGUUGCCUUUAAACGUAUGAUUAUCAAUGGUGAGGAUGAGGGUGUUCCCGCAACUGCGAUACGUGAAGUUUGCCUACUGCGAGAACUAAAGCAUGAUAACAUUGUCUCUCUACGUGACGUACUCUUUGAACCACCUAAAAUGACACUUGUCUUUGAGUACUGUGAGUAUGACCUCAAGAAGUACAUGGAUCGCAACCGCAAUAAACCAGUACCAGAGUUGAUGAAAGAGGUAAAGCAAAUCUUAAGGCAAGUACUCGUUGGAUUACGCUAUAUGCAUCGGAAAAGUGUUGUACACCGUGAUCUAAAACCAGAAAAUAUUUUUCUUAAUGUUGGGAACACGCCUCAUGGAAUGAGUAAGACCACAUUUUCAGAAGGAGUAAUAAAUUCAAGAAAGAAUACUAUAGAUACCGUUAUAUCAAGUGCUACAUCGCAAAAAGCCAAUAAUGGAAAUGAACCUAACCACUCUCUUAAUAAUACUAAUUUUGAUCAUGACACUAUGCACAACAACACUAGGGAUGGAACCACUCUUGAAAAUGAUCGUGCAAAUGUGAAUGAGGCUAAUGAGAAUGAUAUUAACAGUGAUUCUUCUAAUUUGGUGGUGAAACUUGGGGAUUACGGAUUAGCACGAGUAGAAAACAUCCCAGUGAAAAAAUACUCACAUGAUGUUGUCUCACUCUGGUACCGUAGCCCUGAUGUUAUGAUGGGGACAGCACUCUAUGGUUUCGCUGUGGACAUGUGGUCUGUUGGUUGUAUCUUUGCAGAGAUGGUUACUGGAAAGCCAUUAUUCAGUGGACGUACAGAUGUAGAUCAACUUGUGAAGAUAUUUCAUCUUCUCGGUACUCCCACACCAGAUAAUUGGCCAUCCAUGAUGACUUAUCCAAAGACGACUCAACUCUUGGGAGCUGCACAAGAACUCGUACGAAAACAAGCAGCCGUAUCUGCCCAAAAACAACAAGUAACACAAACACUACAACGCUCUAAUGUAUCACAGAAACCAAAAGAACGCCAGCAAGAUACAACCCGGGGAAAUACUGUAAAUCAACCCUCUCGUUCCAAUGCUCAAGGUACGGAUGAAGAUGGUAAUAAAGGCAUAUCGGCUGAUAUGGAUGCGAUUCAGAAGAAUUUCUACAAAUUUCCUCCCGAAUUGUGUUUCCAGCCAACUUUUAGUGAAUAUGUGGAGGUGUCACACUUUCGCGAGCGAGCCGGUGAUGACGGUGUGGAUUUACUGCAGAAGUUAGUUUGUUAUGAACCCUCACAGCGACUAACCGCCCAUGAGGCGUUGUGUCAUCCAUUUAUGAGAAAUGUGACAUCCCGACCACGACGCCCAGUAGACGCGAUGUCCACUCUGCUUAGACAGGCACUGGAGGAACAUGGCCUAUUGGGGAUGUCGGAGAAGAAUGAAUAG